UGGUAGUUUGCGUCGGCCAUUUUAGGUGGACGGAGGCGAAUCCUCGGCGACAAGCUGGGGGAAGUGCUUUUCAUUUUAACGUGUGAUAUUACCGCACAUUCGCAUUUAUAACUUGCGAGUGACUCUGAAACAAAGUCGACAUCCUUUUGGUUCUCAAGUGACGCUAUCGUUUAUUGUGUCGUCUUUUAGCCGGAAAUAGGUCUGCACUUUUCUGGGCGUUUCCAUGGUGACAUAAGCAGACCACUUGUGUGACACGUCCUGUUUAGCUUCCACAAAUCAUCCUGAAACAGGGAAGACAGCGCUACACAAACCAACACACCGGAGAGCUCAAAACAGUUCUCAGCUUCCUGUUCCAUCAUGAACGUGUUCGAUCGCAACAUCAAUUUUGACGCUCUCUUCAAGUUCUCCCAAAUAUCUCAUUCCACCCAGGUUCACUUGAAGAAUGUCUACUCCAGCUUGGCAGUGUGUAUGUUUGUGGCUGCAGCUGGUUCCUAUGUACAUGUGGUCACGCGCCUCUUCCAGGGAGGAAUGCUGUCUGCUCUGGGCUCUCUGGGAAUGAUGAUCUGGCUCGCCAUGACGCCACACAACUCUGAAACAGAGAAGAAAAGGCUGGCUAUCCUCGCCGGAUUCGCCUUCCUGACUGGUCUUGGUCUUGGCCCCACUCUGGACUUUGUCAUUGCAGUCAAUCCGAGCAUCAUUGUGACUGCAUUCAUGGGAACCUCGGUUAUUUUCAUCUGCUUCACUCUCAGCGCCCUCUAUGCCAAACGCAGGAGCUACCUGUUCCUCGGAGGCACCCUGAUGUCCGGCCUGUCCAUCCUCAUGCUAAUGUCGCUAAUGAACAUGUUCUUUGGAUCUAUGAUGCUCUUCAAGGUUCACAUGUACCUGGGCCUGCUCGUCAUGUGCGGAUUUGUCCUGUUUGACACCCAGCUCAUCAUCGAGAAGGCCGAGAACGGAGACAAGGACUACGUCUGGCACUGUGUGGACUUGUUCCUGGACUUCAUCACCAUCUUCAGGAAACUGAUGGUCAUCCUGGCGAUGAACGACAAGGACAAGAAGAAGGAGAAGAAGUAGACACGCGUCAAACAAGGAACAGUUUGAAACACACUUGAUACUUUUCUCUUCCUUUCUUCAAUUAACUCCUGUGGUCUUAUCUGAUUUGGAAAAUAAUGACUUUUUCUUUACUUGUUCACCUUCCAAGGGUUUUGAAUGUACGUCCAUGUAAACUCAUGCUAGUAUGGUGGGGGUGGGGGAGGGGGGGGGGUUAGGCCUAAUGCUGCAGUGAAUAUGUUUGGCCUGUAGAGGGGAGCGUUGCACUGUCAAGUGGAGCUUUUGCGUGAACAUCUUUAAUCCUUCUUCUUGUUUUUAGUGCCAUGACUAGACUCCUUUUUUAGCGAGUCACCAUAAGCUUCAGACCGAGUGUCGUUUAAGUUGAACCUGCUCUACUUUUGCUGUAUUUUUGAGUUUCAGCCGAUUGGCAUCAGAUUUCCUUCGCAAACAAGUCAUACUCUGAAUUACAUCGACCAGGACAAAGCGUAUUCGAUAAGAUAUUUUACACGAGUUAUUCAGCAAAAUCUUUUCAACUCGUACAAAAAAAAAACAACUGGCAAGCUUUUCUUCGCUCCUCUAAAUUCCAUAAAAAUCAGUUUGCCAAAUAAAGUGAAGUUAACCUAACCUUUUUGAGUGUAUACUGUGAAGAAUUUAUUUUCUUGAUGUAAAAUGUAAACUAAUAAUUUGAUACAUUUGCUCAAAUAAAUGUGUUGGAUGCAAAAA